AUAUUAUCUUCUUCAAAAUUCCUCUCUCUCUCUCUCUCUGCAGUUUCCUGUGAUUUCUCUCUCUAUAACAAACACUCUUAUUAUAAGAAAAGCUGCCAAAGCCUUAAAUCAUGACGCUUCACAUUGUUAACAUUUUGCUACAUAUCCACAGGAACUGUUCCGUUUCUGAUGUUCAAGUAUUUCAAAGUUCACAUGCUUAUCCUUAACGGAUUUCAUUUAUGAACACCCACACUUUAUAAUCAUUCUGUUUCACUUUCUAUUAGUUUAUAGAGAAGAGAGACGAUUUACAAGGUAGUUUUUGUUUUUUUAAUUCGAGUUUUCUGAGAUGGGUGUUGGAUGGUUGUCUAUGGCGGCGGCGGCGGCGGUUGUAGUGAUGGUGCUGCUAGUAGGCGGUGUAAAUGGUUUUCCGGCGGAGGAUCUGGUGGUGAAAUUGCCCGGACAACCAGAUGUUAGUUUCAGACAGUAUGCUGGAUAUGUAGACGUGGAUGUGAAGGCUGGGAGGAGUUUGUUCUAUUACUUCGUUGAAGCCGAUAAGGAUGCUGAUCGUAAACCCCUCACUCUUUGGCUCAAUGGAGGCCCAGGUUGCUCAUCAAUGGGUGGAGGAGCCUUCACCGAGUUGGGUCCAUUCUUUCCACAAGGUAAUGGCCGGGGCCUACGCAUAAAUAAAGAAUCAUGGAAUAAAGCAUCAAAUUUAUUAUUCGUGGAGUCUCCAGCGGGGGUAGGAUGGUCAUACUCGAACACAUCCUCAGAUUACACAACAGGCGAUGCCAACACGGCAAGAGAUAUGCAUACAUUCUUGAUGUAUUGGUACAAAAAGUUUCCAUCUUUCAGAUCACGAGAUUUAUACCUAACAGGCGAAAGUUAUGCAGGGCAUUACAUACCACAAUUGGCUAUUGCCCUUUUGGACCACAAUGCCCAUUCUACUGGUUUCAAGUUCAAAAUCAAAGGAGUCGCUAUUGGUAACCCGCUUCUUAAACUUGAUCGCGAUGUGCCAGCUGUAUACGAGUAUUACUGGUCUCAUGGGAUGAUAUCAGAUGAGAUUGGUCUUACUAUUAUGAAUGGAUGCAAUUUUGAAGAUUAUACGUUUGCUUCACCUCACAAUGAAUCUGUUGCAUUAGAACAAGAGCUUCGUUUGAAGAAAACGGUGACGAAGAUGAGUUUUGGAGUUGAUGUGUGCAUGAGCCUUGAAAGACGGUUCUAUUUUAACCUUCCAGAGGUUCAACAGGCUCUCCAUGCUAAUCGAACCAAGUUGCCCUAUUCCUGGAGUAUGUGCAGUGGAGUUCUAAAUUACAAAGACGAUGACGGAAACAUCAACAUUCUCCCUCUGCUUAAAAGAAUCAUCCAAAACAAAAUCCCCGUUUGGAUUUUCAGUGGGGAUCAAGAUUCUGUAGUUCCAUUGCUUGGAUCAAGAACACUGGUGCGUGAAUUAGCUCACGAAUUAGAAUUCCCGAUUACUGUUCCAUACGGAGUGUGGUUCCAUAAAGGCCAGGCUGGAGGUUGGGUGACUGAAUAUGGGAAGCUACUUACAUUUGCAACAGUGAGAGGUGCGGCUCAUAUGGUGCCAUAUGCACAACCGUCACGUGCUCUGCAUUUGUUUAGUUCAUUUAUUCGUGGUAUAAGACUCCCGAACAACACACGUCCUUCUAUUGAGGACUAAAAAAAACUAGAUUUAAUUUUAGAUUUUUAAGUUAUGUUUUUCUGGAUUAUUCAUGUGGCCGAAGGCAAGAAACAAUUUGACUCAGGU